AUGGCAAGAAUUGCAGAGGGCCUGCCUAGGGCUGGCUCGACGACUACUGUUACGACGCAGAGAAAGAAGAAGACCAUUGAAGCAAAGGCGUUGACGACAGAGGUUCAGAUGUUGGCGGGUGCUGAUGUUUGGGGUCGUGCAGCAUUUGGGAGGUCGUGGCUGCGAUCGCUCGUUGGUGCAUCGCCUCUGUUCCUCGCGCCAAUGGCCUCAAUAUCAAUCUUCAUCACACUGGCCGAAUACGAAGGAUCACUCUCCCUCUUCGCAGACGCCGUAAAAGAACACGGCUUCUGGACCAUUUGCGCCCAGUACGGUCCUCACAUCACCACCAAAGGCAUCGCCGCAGUCAUCUGCUUCGUUAGCAUACAAGCACUUCUCUACUGCCUCCUCCCAGGGGAACAACACCAAGGCCAAUUGACACCAGCGGGCUAUCUCCUCAGCUACAAAAUCAACGGCCUCUCAGCCUGGAUCGUCACGCAUCUCCUCUACGGAGCUCUCAGCUGGUUGGGGAUUCUAGACCCUGGCUUCAUUCCCCGUAAUUGGAGUAGCUUGAUUGGAGCUAUGAACUUAGCUGGGUUCGUUAUUUCGGCACUUGCGCUCAUCAAAGCUAAUGGCAGGGCUGGGAUGAUGGUGUGGACCCUGAUCGACUUUUCGAACAUGGCGUAUCAGUACCAGAAUCAGGGAUACGUCGAACCAUCGCUUAUCCUUGUCACCGCACUACAGACCAUUUACGUGGUGGAUUUCUUUGUCAAUGAAUCAUGGUAUCUGCGCACAAUCGACGUCAAAUUCGACCAUUACGGCUUCUAUCUCAGCUGGGGCUGUUUCUGCUUCUUGCCAACAACAUACACCAUCCAAGGUCAAUAUUUGGGCCGCUACCCAUCGUCAGCUUCAAUACCUUACCUAGCAUUCUUCUUCGCCCUCGGAGUAGCAGGUUACAUCCUCUUCCGCUCCGUGAACCACCAAAAAGAAAUCGUACGACGCACCGGCGGAAAAUGCACCAUCUGGGGUAAACCAGCAGAAUGCAUAGUCGCUUCCUUCAGGACCUCCGAUGGCCGGCAGCACAGAAGUUUGCUCCUCUGCAGCGGUUGGUGGGGAUGGUCUCGACACGCGAAUUACCUGGGCGAUCUGAUUCUCAGCUUCUGCUCUUGUGCGCUGGUGGGUAACGUGUGCCUUGGCGAUUUGUUCCCGGAGUUUGUUGUCCAAGACAUCGCGGCCAAGAUACGCGAUCUCUACAAGCUCCACCAGCCAUAUCGCGUCUUUCAUGGUUCUUCAAGCAGUACUCGUCCUCGCCAUGGGACCGACUCGAAUAUCAUCGACAUCAGCAUGCUAUCCCAAGUCAUCUCAGUGGACACAGCACAAAGAACCUGUCUAGUCGAGCCCAACGUACCGAUGGAUCGACUGGUUGAAGCCACUAUGCCAUACGGUUUAAUACCGCCAGUGGUAAUGGAAUUCCCCGGGAUCACAGCAGGAGGGGGCUUUGCAGGGACAUCUGGGGAAAGCAGUUCUUUUCGACAUGGCUUCUUCAACGAAACGGUGGACUUCGUGGAGAUAAUACUUGGAAACGGAGACAUAAUCCGGGCAUCACGCGAAGGACAUGAAGAUCUGUUUUAUGGUGCCGCGGGUACUGCUGGGACUUUGGGCUUGACCACAUUGAUGCAGAUCCGACUUGUCGAAGCAAAGAAAUUUGUCAAGACAACGUAUCGCAGAGUUAACAGUGUGUCAACUGCUAUCUCUGCAACGAAAGAGUGUUGCGAGAAAAUGGAUGUUGACUAUCUCGAUGGUAUUCUCUACUCGAAGAACCAUGGCGUUGUUAUAAUGGGCGAGUUGACCAACGCCAAACCAGAUGACUAUCCAGUACAGACUUUCAGUAACGCAGGAGACCCUUGGUUCUAUCUCCACUUCAAAGAACAGACUGAGUACCUCUCUCCUUCGGCGACAGUCACAGAAUACAUACCACUCGGCGAAUACCUCUUCCGGUACGACAGGGCUGCUUUUUGGGUUGGUCGCCAAGGAUACACAUACUUCAAGAUCGUUCCAUUCAACAGAUUCUUCCGCUGGCUUCUUGAUGACUACUCUCAUACGCGGACACUGUAUCAUGCUCUUCACGCAAGUCGAAUUUCGGAUCAGUUUGUGGUUCAGGAUCUAGCAUUGCCUUACGACACAGCUGAAACGUUUGUUGAGUGGGUGGAGUCAGAGUUGGGGAUAUGGCCCCUCUGGCUUUGUCCUCUAAAAGGCUGCCAAAUACCUACGUUUCACCCCGUUACCAAAGGCUCUUCGAAUACUGGUGCAGGGGACAACAUGUCGCAGCCCAUGCUUAACAUUGGAGUUUGGGGCUGGGGACCUUCAGACUCUGAAGAGUUCAAAAUAAAGAACCAGGCUCUGGAAAGAAGACUGGCAGAGUUAGGUGGUCGCAAAUGGCUCUACGCGCAUACGUACUACACCGAAGAACAAUUCUGGGAAAUAUAUGACCGCCCAUGGUAUCAGCGGCUCAGAGAACGCUAUUCCGCAACGAGUUUACCGACUAUUUACGACAAGGUGAAAAAGAGCGAUCCUAAUGCGGGCGAGAAAGACGACAAGGGUUGGGGAUUUGGGGUGUUGUUGAAUAUGUGGCCCGUCGGUGGGAUCUAUGGCAUGAUACUGGCAUUUUACUCGGGAGAUAUCAGUCUCCAUCGACGAGCGAGAUGGAGCCACCUGUUUCUUUGUGAUAGCGAUGCCAUUCAUAAAUACAUCAUUAUCAAUUGGGCUGCCGAAAUGCCUCCCGACCCCAAUGCUGACAUGCAUAUCAACAUCUUGGCAGACGGCAGUGUGCAUGAAGAUGACGUUUUAGUAGAUAAGGCUCUCCAGGCAGCAAGCCAGAACCUCAAUCUGAACCUCCUCUUUAAUCAUCACCAUAAUCAGGAACUAGCCCUAAAUCAGACCCGCGCCUUCGCCAAAAUGGUGGAAAGAAGUUUCCAGUACCUCCCAACGCUCAACUUCACAGACAGCCCGUUCAAGCAGUUCACCAUCCCCCAGGAUUGGAGAGCAUGGGAGGUCGCGUGGCUUUAUCACCUACCCGCCAUCAUCACCAAUGAUAAAGUUCCUGCCAGACUAAUCGAGACCGGGUGUAUCGUCGAUAACGUGACUAAUUGUCAUAAAGCCUGCGGAAGCGAAGAGCACAUGUUCUCUAACCCCGAAACGCUAUGGAACUGCCUUACCUUGGCGACCGUUGCUAUGAUGUCUACCAACCGCGGGCCAGAUUCUAUCAGCAAUGAGACUUUGAAGGAAGUGGAUAGGAGGUUUAAAACCGGUCCGCUGGAUGAGUUCUGGAGACUUGGUGCAUUGUUGAGCUACGUCAAAUGCGCGUUGCAAUCUUGUUCGGACUCCAAGUUCGGUGGAUGCCCGCCGGAACUGUGGACAUUUCAAAGCCAAAUGCUCACAUCUAAGAAUAUCAAGGACCUAGGCAGGAUAAUGAGUACUGAGUACUGCGACAAAGCUGAUCCUGGAAUUGACUACGAUAUUGCAGGGCCUGGCAUAAUCGUGGCAUAUCUAAUCCAGUUCACGAUAGUCCUAUUCUUUGCACUAUGCUACAAGAUCACCAAAACUUGGAUAAGGAACUUCACACUCAUUUCGCUCCUUCCAUUUCAUGGACCUGCUGGAGCCGUCGAGACUGCUUUUCACUGGCAGAAGGUGGUCUCGAGGAGCAGCUUCGGUGUUGCAGUUGCUUCAACUCUCACCAAUCUCCAGGAAGCUCAAGCUGUCUUCCUCGGCACCAUAUCCAUAGCCGCUAUCAUCACCUUCUCAAGUACUAGCGGAACGGGACUCGGUAACAUAAGUUCACUACUCUCCUGGCUGACAAACAACCUCACUCUCAUCCUUCAGAAGACUCACAAUCGUUGGUGGUAUACACUUGCUCUUGUGUUCAUCAACUGGGUUCUCGUUGUGCUCAUUGCGCGUCCCCAGACUGUUGAUGAGCCUUCGUUAUUGAAACACUUCGAUGAAAGCUCGCCUCUGGAACGCUGUGGAAAUCACACUGGUCCUAGGACGUUCUGUCAGACUUUCAACAAGGCCACGGGGAGGGGUUCUAGUUCAACUACUGGCGAAGAGUUGGGCCAUCUGGAUCGUGAUGCAGAGAGUUUCUUCAAGUUUCAUUCUAGAAUGCAGGCACCGAUGCAUAUCAUUAUGGCAUUCCUAAUAUUGGAUUGGAUCGUUGCGAUGGUUAGGAUGCACCUCUUUGAGCGGGGCGACUGGCUAUCUGAUAAGGCCCAUGCUUUGAUAGAUUACCUGCCUUUGCAUCUAAAGUCAUUUUAUAUCCAGAGGCACUUCGUGCUCUUCACAGAAGCUAUCUGGAUCUCCAUGGAGGUCCUCACUAUCGUCAUGGGCGUCAUAGGGGUAAAUGAGUUUGCGGCAUUUAUGCAUCUGCUCAGUGGCGGGGAGUCGGGUAAUGAGAGCAAGGUUGCCCUAUCGAAAUGGGGUUUUGGACAGCUGGUAGCAGUGUGCGUAUGGGUGCCUAUUAUUCUCAAGUUCGCUUGUCUCAUGGCUGAUGGCGCUUUGCCUGGUUGGAGAAAACGGUUGGGUCAGUUCAUCGAGAUUACGCAGCGCAAAGAAACAGAACCGGAUGGGAACGAUGUUGUUAUGGAAACUUUGCUUCCAUCCAGACCGACCAAGAGGGGCCGGACGGAUGAAGUGGAGGGGCGUACUCUAACAGCGAGGCGGUCUUGGGGCAGAACAUAUGAUUAG